AGAGAGAGAGAGAGAAUUAUUUUAGAGAUAGAGAUAGAGAUAGAGAAGGGGAGCUUGGGUGAGUUCUCUUCCUCUGCUUUCAGGGGCUCAAUCAAUCUCUCGAUCGUUAGUCUUCGAGGGUGGUUUCUGGGAACUUUCUAUCUCUUCCUCCAUUGUGCGCUUCGAAUCUGUUGCUUUAGAGGCUUUUGCUUUUCGGGUCUGCUCCGCAUUUACCCACCUGGAAAUGCCGAUGAUGUCAGGCUGUCUGAUGAAGACGGUGAUGCAGUGAUCGAGUUCUGGAUCUAGUCGUACAGGGGAAAUUUUGUGCUGUCUGGAGUCAACUGUGCUGCUCUCCCGAUGUCGUCUCUCAGUCGGGAGCUGGUCUUCUUGAUCUUACAGUUUCUCGAUGAGGAGAAGUUCAAAGAGACAGUUCACAAGCUCGAGCAGGAAUCUGGGUUUUUCUUUAACAUGAAGUAUUUCGAGGAUGAGGUCCACAAUGGCAAUUGGGACGAGGUCGAGAGGUACCUCUCUGGGUUCACAAAAGUGGACGACAAUCGGUAUUCGAUGAAAAUCUUCUUUGAGAUAAGGAAGCAAAAGUACCUCGAGGCAUUGGACAAGCAUGAUCGAGCGAAAGCUGUGGAUAUAUUAGUGAAGGACCUUAAGGUGUUUGCCACAUUUAAUGAGGAGCUUUUCAAGGAGAUAACUCAGCUGCUUACAUUGGAGAACUUCAGGGAGAAUGAGCAGUUGUCAAAAUAUGGAGAUACAAAGUCUGCAAGAGCCAUAAUGUUAGUGGAGCUCAAGAAGCUUAUCGAGGCAAACCCAUUAUUUCGUGAUAAACUGCAAUUCCCUAGCCUGAAGAACUCAAGGCUUCGGACUCUUAUCAAUCAAAGCUUAAAUUGGCAACACCAACUCUGUAAGAAUCCAAGACCGAAUCCCGACAUAAAAACUCUCUUUGUGGAUCACUCUUGUGGUCAGCCCAAUGGCGCACGGGCCCCAUCUCCCGCAAACAAUCCCUUGCUGGGAUCCUUGCCAAAAGUGGGUGGUUUCCCACCUCUGGGAGCACAUGGGCCUUUCCAACCGACACCUGCUGCAGUCCCAGCACCCCUCGCUGGUUGGAUGUCGAAUCCCCCCCCUGUGACCCAUCCUGCAGUUUCUGGAGGAGGAGCUAUAGGCCUCAGUGGCCCAUCAAUACCAGCAGCUGCCCUAAAGCAUCCUCGGACUCCCCCUACCAACCCUUCUGUGGACUAUCCAUCUGGGGAUCCAGAUCACAUUUCCAAAAGAACAAGGCCCAUGGGCAUCACUGAUGAGGUGACUCUACCUGUCAAUGUUCUUCCAGUAACAUUCCCGGGGCACAGUCAUGCUCAGAGUUUUAAUCCAACUGAUGACUUGCCAAAGACAGUUGCACGGACUAUAAACCAGGGUUCAUCACCAAUUAGCAUGGACUUCCAUCCCUUUCAACAGAGUUUACUUCUAGUUGGCACCAAUGUGGGCGAAGUUGCUCUAUGGGAGGUUGGCUCUAGGGAACGUCUAGUUUUGAGGAACUUCAAAGUUUGGGAUCUUAGCGCAUGCUCGAUGCCUCUGCAGGCAGCUCUUGUGAAAGAUCCCAUUGUGUCAGUCAACCGCAUCAUUUGGAGCCCUGAUGGUUCUUUGUUUGGAGUUGCAUACACAAUGCACAUAGUACAGAUAUUUUCUUAUCACGGUGGCGAGGAUUUGCGCCAGCACCGAGAGAUCGAAGCUCAUGUGGGUGGGGUAAAUGAUCUCGCAUUCUCACACCCAAAUAAGCAGCUCUGUGUAAUAACCUGUGGAGAUGACAAGACCAUCAAGGUGUGGGAUGCUGCUACUGGUGCUAAACAGUAUACAUUUGAGGGUCAUGAUGCUCCCGUAUAUUCUGUGUGCCCUCACUCAAAGGAAAACAUUCAGUUCAUAUUUUCAACUGCACAGGAUGGAAAGAUAAAAGCAUGGUUAUAUGACAAUGUGGGUUCCAGAGUGGACUACGAUGCUCCAGGGCGCUGGUGCACAACAAUGGCUUAUAGUGCUGAUGGAACAAGGCUCUUCUCCUGCGGAACGAGCAAAGAGGGAGAAUCGUUUCUUGUCGAAUGGAAUGAAAGUGAAGGGGCUGUGAAGAGGACUUAUCAAGGGUUCAGGAAACGCUCCUACGGUGUUGUGCAAUUUGACACAACAAAGAACAGGUUUUUGGCGGCUGGUGACGAUUUCUCUGUUAAGUUUUGGGAUAUGGACAAUGUUCAGCUUUUAACUACUGCUGAUGCUGAUGGAGGCUUGAUAGCAAGUCCUCGAGUCCGAUUCAACAAGGACGGGACUCUAAUGGCUGUUUCCGCUAAUGAGAAUGCGAUCAAAAUAUUGGCUAAUUCUGAUGGUAUGAGGUUGCUGCGUGCAUUUGAGAACCUUCCUUUUGAUGCAGCAAGAGCAGCUGAUGGUUCAUCCAAGCCCAAAAUAAACCCUAUCACAGCAGCGGCUGCUGCUGCAGCAAGUAGUGCUGGACUCUCUGAGAGAGUUCCUUCUGUGAUCGCUCCUCCUGUGAUGAAUGGGGAUGCCCGUAGCUUGGGUGACAUUAAGCCUAGAUUAGCUGAAGAAAGCAAUGAUAAGACGAAGAUCUGGAAGCUAACUGACAUCAAUGAACCGUCCCACUGCCGGUCCUUGAGGCUGUCUGACGCCAUAAGAGUGAACAAGAUAUCGAGGUUAAUCUAUACAAACUCGGGGAGUGCCAUUUUAGCCCUAUCAGCAAAUGCUGUUCACCUUCUCUGGAAAUGGCAGCGAAGCGACCGAAAUUCUACCGGCAAGGCAACCGCCAGUCUGCCUCCUCAUCUAUGGCAGCCCUCAAGUGGCAAUAUGAUGACGAACGACUUAACUGAUGUUAACCUGGAGGAAGCUGUUCCAUGCUUUGCCCUGUCAAAGAAUGAUUCUUACGUCAUGUCCGCAUCAGGAGGGAAAAUUUCGCUGUUCAACAUGAUGACAUUUAAGAUGAUGACACAAUUCAUGCCACCACCACCUGCCGCAACCUUUCUAGCUUUCCACCCUCAGGACAAUAACAUAAUAGCCAUUGGAAUGGACGACUCCACAAUUCAGAUAUAUAACGUCCGCGUGGAUGAGGUCAAGAGCAAGCUAAAGGGUCAUUCUAAAAGGAUAACUGGACUCGCCUUCUCUAAUGUGCUGAAUGUGCUAGUUUCUUCUGGAGCCGAUGCUCAGAUAUGUGUGUGGGACUCUGAUAGUUGGGAGAGGCAAAGGAGUAGAUUCUUGCCGAUCCCCAGCGGAAGACCACCAGCAGGACUGUCGGAUACACGCGUACAGUUCCAUCAGGACCAGACACACUUCCUUGUCGUCCACGAAACCCAGCUAGCAAUAUAUGAAACAACCAAGCUCGAGUGCUUGAAGCAGUGGGCCCUGCGUGAAAAUGCUGCUCCGAUUUCUCAUGCGACGUUCUCCUGCGACAGCCAGCUAGUUUACGCUUGCUUCCUUGAUGCGACGGUGUGUGUCUUCAGUGCCUCAAGCCUGAAAUUACAAUGUCGAAUCAAUCCCAGUGCCUAUCUUCCUACCAGUGUUAGCAACUCCAAUGUGCAUCCACUAGUGGUUGCAGCUCAUCCACAAGAGCCGAACCAGUUCGCUUUGGGUCUAUCAGAUGGUGGGGUUCAUGUUUUUGAGCCUCUUGAAUCUCAAGGCAGAUGGGGCGUGCCUCCUGCUGAAAACGGAUCGCCCAGUAGUGGGCCUGCUGGCCCUUCAGCAGGCCUGACGGGCUCUGAUCAGGCUCAGAGAUGAUCCUUGACUGCAAGGCUGCUGCCUUAGCUCGAGCACUUUUAAAUGCUCAGGUCGUCGGCUUAUUCAGGAACCCAAACUAUGCUAAUGGGUAGGUGUCAAUAUUAAACUUGCUGUGAAAUAGACCGUCUCAAUUGCCAGCUCCAGUUUCGAUGAAACACGUUGCUACCUUUGCGUUAGAAAUUUUUAUGGCUCAUAAAGGGCAGUUAGGAGGUUUGCGCUGGGGAUUCUAAUUUCUACAUAAGGUUUGUUCUGAAAAAGAUGUAGAUCUCAACAUGUCAGGAUUUAGGUGGAUGAUGUAACCGUUACAUUUGUUAACAUCCCGGUUGAUUCAGGUAGAUUCUUGAUAUAAAUGUCCGGUCAUGCAGCCA